UGCAGAGGUCGAGAAUUAGGUCGAGCAGGUAGAGCGCCACCCUGCGCGCACACAAUUAUAUUGCUUGGCCUUUACAGACCGGCCUGCGAGCGCUGCGCGAUCCAGUUUCUCCCAGCUCUUGGCACCGUAACACCAGUGACUGCUGCACAACCAGGGCGCAGUGAUGCCUAAGCUCGACGAAUUGCCCGUCGAGCUGCUCGCGCACGUCGCGUUAUUCACGAACAGGCGCAACGACAAUAGGUCGUAUGAUCCCCUUGACCUAAGCGAGCUGCUCGCGCUGCGAUGCGCGUCACGUUCCUGCAAGGGCGCCGUCCGUCGGGCCGCGAAGCAGCACAGAGCUGCAAGGUCUUUCUCCUUUCAACGCUCGAGUGCUCAGAAAAUCGCGGCCAUCGGACACGUCUUUGGCAGCGGCUGUCGGUCACUUAGUUUUGGAACGGUCCAGUCCGACCAAGCCUACGAAGCGCGCAAGUCGCUUCAAAACUUUGUGACGAGCACUAACGGUCAGCUGCGGCACUUGUCAUACAGUGGUGCGUCCUCUCAAUAUUUUUCUAUGCCCGAGCUCCUGGAACUGUGCCGCGCGUGUCCGUUGCUGAGGAGCUUGUUUGUGCACGGGUCGCCUACCGGUGUUAUCACUGCUGCUAAUUUAGACGAAUUCGCAUCGGCAGUGAGUAGAGCUUGCCCACGGCUCCAUUGUGUUUAUCUCCCACGCCACCGGUCCCCGGCCGAAGACUACCAAUGGCAUUUCCCAAGGUUAGAAUGUCUUAAUUUCCUGCGCGCCGGAUCCGCCUCAGCGUUCCGCUGGGACGGCGUCGAAGCUACCCUCCGCACCUGUGUGCAUGCGACAGAGGUGGAUCUUACCAAUGUAACCGUGUCGCCACGAUUAGUGGACUUGAUUCUGGCGGCGCCUGCGGCUGGCCGGCUGAAGCGCCUAGACAUAAAUGAAGCCACGGUUUCGCCUGAAUUGAUCCUGCGAUUUGCUGGAGGUUUGGAAGCGUUGUCUGACUUGCAGUUUCCCCACGAAUUCGAUGGUGGGCGCGCGUUUUAUAGCUCACUGGUGCAAGCGCGGCCCUCGAUAGCGAAGCUUGGCCUUGGGUUAAGCAACGAACUAGACGAUGAUGCACUGCGAAUCAUAUGCAACGGCUUGCGUUUGGAGCAUCUGGAGCUCACGUGCGUUGAGAAUUUGACUGAUCGUGCCAUCAACAUAAUUCUGGAGAGCCCUUGUGCGGAGACCCUGCGCUCGAUCGAGAUUUCCUAUGACCCUCAAUUCUCUUCUGAAGACGUGUUACGGCUAGUCCGCGGCUGCCCCGAGCUCGCCGAGCUCAAUUGGGAAGUAUCGGAGGAUGCUCAGUUAUUGGUCCAAAACGCGGUGGCAGCGGCUAUUUGGGGACGUGUUGGACACGUCGACGGCCCGAACGUCGACGCGAUUAACGCUCUGCUCGAGAGCCGCGGAGGUAAAGCUACACGUGUCCCGGUCUUGCAAGAAGACGGUUCAUGGCGGAAGUGGCCUAGCUAGCUAGCUGCUUUUUAAUCCAGUAAGUAUGUGCAAUGUA